AGCACAGGGCUGAGGCUGCGAAACUAAGUAAGUGGCAGGUGCAUCUUUAGACUUUUACGUUCCUGUCCAUCCCCGUCUAUCGAAAUACGAAUAAUACGUUAAUUGGAAUAAUGGCAACAAAUUUUUUGUGCUUGGAGAACCACCGCCAAUUUCACUCGAGGACUUUCGGCUCUAGCUCAGGAACACUGAGGGCAACCAUCGAUUCCAGCCAGCUGGAGGACGAGCGAACUUUGCGCAACCUCCUGGCCAUGGAGGAGAAGCACCCACCCCGACUCAACUAUUUCGACACCGUACAGAGUGACUUACAGCCCAGUAUGCGACGGGUGCUGGCGGAGUGGAUGCUACAGGUAUGUGAAGAUGAGAAUUGUGAAGAGAAGGUGUUUCCUUUGGCCAUGGACUACCUAGACCGAUAUCUUUCUUGCUUCAUUUUAAAGAAAAGCCACUUACAACUUCUGGGAUCUGUCUGCAUGCUACUUGCCUCUAAACUGCUGGACACAGUCCCUCUGAAAGCUACAAAAAUUUGCAUUUACACUGACAACUCCAUCACUGUGACUGAACUGCUGGAAUGGGAACGGAUUGUGGUGGAGAGGUUGAAGUGGGACCUGCUGGCUGUCCUGCCCAACGAUUUCCUUGAGCACAUCCUUCAGAGACUACCUGAAAUCCCUGAGGAGAAACUGGACCUUAUCCACAAGCACGCUCAGAUCUUCGUAGCAUUAUGCACUACAGAACUGAAAUUCUUUAUGACUCCGCCAUCUAUGAUUGCCUGUGCCAGCAUUGCAGCUGCAAUCCGUGGAUUAGAAUCACUAGAUAAAUGUCUUGGUAGUGAUGAAAUGACAGAACACCUUGCAACGAUAACUGCAGCUGAUGUGGAUUGUCUACGCUCUUGCUUGGAACAACUGGAGCUCACACUGGAGAUGUACCUGCCAAGUAAAACAUACCGUCCCGAGGAAAGCAACUCCUGUACUCCAACCAACAUAUUGGAUGUGCGGCUCUCACCACAUUCUGUGGAGUUAGUUGCUGACACUACACCAAGAAAAGAUUUAUAAUAUAUAUUUUGCUUGCACAUGAAAUGCCUGCCUUUUUUUGAGGUGGUGCUAUUUACUGUCAGAAUUAAUGAAAUGCCUGCCUUUCUUUUGUUCUAUUUGUUGGUUUUGAAUAUUUACAGUCUUGUAUUGAAGAGACCAUCUACCUCCUUGCACUAAUAAGUUUGGUUCAAAAUUGUGCAAAUACUUUUUUUUUUUUUAAGGAACCAUUGAAAAUGUUCCAAAAAGCACACAAUGUGUUUGCAAGUUUAAUAAAAGUCUGGCCUAAAUGAUGCCUCCUUGAAGAAAACAGAGCAAGAGGUCAGUUAGCUUGCAGCUUCAAGUAUACAGUACAGUAUAUAUUAAGUAAAGGUGAAAAGCACUUGAUGCUGCUGUUAAAACUGAAAAACCUGCACAUAACUGUAAAAGCAACAAACGUCUUGGACACAGUCAGUGUUGUAUAGUUUGUUACUGUACUUGAGUAAAUCUCUCUAUUAUAAAAAAUAAAAUCAGCCAAUGCAA